GAUCCUAUGUGUGACAAAUCUCGUAUUCAAGAACAGAAGGGAUACGAUAUGACGAAGAACCAGGGAUGGUGCAAAUGGAUCUUCAGCAACAAUACUUUCAACACUUGGCGUCAUGACAAAGAUAGUAAGCUUCUCUGGAUUCACGGGAACGCUGGCUUUGGAAAAACGAUGUUGCUAGCUGGUAUCAUCGAUGAGCUCGAUACACGAGACGAGGGCGCCCCUAAGGCUUCCACUGUAAGCUAUUACUUCUGCGAGGCUCCUACCAAUACGUUCAAAAUUCAGGACGCGACGGCUGUGUUUCGAGGACUGAUA